GCCCAUGGUUAAUGGACUCUGCUGCUAGUCACCAUGUGACUUCUGAUUUGGGCAAUCUCUCUCUCUAUUCUGAUUACAAUAGCCCGGAUGAGAUUCUUGUUGGCGAUGGCUCAGGAUCUUCGCACGGGGGCGCCACUGCUGAAAGGGGCAAAUAAUGGAGAUGUUUAUGAGCUGCCUAGUGAUGUGGAUAAUGUUCGUCUCGCUCUUGU